AUGGAGAUUUGGGCAAUUUUAGCAUAUUUUCUCCCUCUUUUCCUUCUUCUUUUCUCGAUCAUCUGGAGAAACGCCUCCGAUGAUCGAAAAAAACUCCCUCCCGGCUCCCAGGGCUGGCCGGUUCUAGGGGAGAACCUCAGGUUCUCCCCCAGCCCAGAGAAAUUCGUCGCAGAAAGAAUGUCGAAACACUCCCCGGAGAUUUUCCAAACCUCGUUGCUCGGAGAGAAAAUGGCAACUUUCUGCGGCGCAAAAGGCAACAAGUUCCUCUUCUCGAACGAGAACAAACUCGUAACCUCGUGGCUGCCUCAAUCCUUGAUGAAAGUGCUGACGUUCGCCGAGACAGCCAAGAGCAACGCGGACGGGCAUUCCGCCUUCACGCGCAUCCUCCACCGCGACAUCUUCUCGCCGGAAACCCUCAAGAAAUACGUGCCCGAGAUGGACGCGCUGGCGCGUGAGCACAUGGCGCGUGACUGGAAGCCUAACUCCGUCGUGACGGUUCUCCCGGCGUCGAAGAAGUACACCUUCGAGCUAGCGUGCCGGAUAUUCCUGUGCGAGGCCGACCCCGAGCGUGUGAGGAAGCUCUCGGAGCCGUUUGCCGUGGCGAUGAAGGGGCUUUUUUCGGUGCCCGUGGAUCUGCCCGGGACGGCCUACAGACGCGCGAUUCGAGCGGGCGAGGCUUUGAGGGAGGAGCUGAUGAGGAUGGUCGGGAAGCGUAAGAAGGCGAGGGACGAGGGCGAGGCACGGGACAUUCUGUCGAAGAUGUUGAUGGAGAGGAAUGGAGAUGGGGAGUUUCUGAGUGAGAAGGAGAUUUGUAACCGUGUAGUUGGUAUGCUGGUGGCUAGCUAUGAUACAACAAGCUAUGCGGUUACUAGUGUCAUGGAUCAUCUUGCUCAAUUUCCCCAUAUUUACAAUGAGGUCUUCAAAGAGCAAAUGGCUAUAGCAGAGACGAAAGGCCCUAGUGAGCUGCUGACAUGGGAUGAUAUCGAGAAGAUGAAGUACUCAUGGAACGUCGUCCGUGAAUCCCUCAGGGUUACGCCUCCUGCAGCCGGAGCAUUCAGGGAAGCCGCAACUGAAUUCACCUAUGCAGGUUUCACCAUUCCUAAAGGAUGGAAGACGUUCUGGACGGUGUACUCAACCCACAAGAAUCCUGAAUACUUCCCAGAGCCGGAGAGGUUUGAUCCAUCACGGUUUGAGGGGAGUGGGCCAGCGCCUUUUACAUUCGUUCCAUUUGGAGGAGGACCAAAAAUGUGCGCAGGGAAAGAGUAUGCCAGGCUUGAAUUGUUGGUUAUGAUUCAUAAUGUGGUGACAAGGUUCAAACUGGAGAAGACCAUUCCUGAUGAGAAGAUUGUUUACUAUGCUACACCUACACCGGUUCACGGCCUUCCACUUCGUCUUCAUCCUCAUCAACAGUAGGUCUUUUUUGGAAAGUAAAACACAAACCUAAUGUUUAGACUUGUGCAAAGAAUCUUAUACACUAGUACAACUUACAUCAAAAUGUAGUUUGAUACAUUGCAUUAUUUGUUAUAUUAAAGUUAUACUUCCUCCGUCCAGCAAUAGAAGUCCCAUUUCUAAUGGGCACGGGUUUUAAGAAACUAUUUGCAUAUAAUAAUAGUUGUGUGAUAGUUGAAUUUGGAA